AUGGGUGAAUCCAGACAAGAGCUGCUGGCGUGGCUGAACAACCUGCUGCAGCUGAACAUUACCAAGAUCGAGCAGUGUGGAACCGGGUAUGAUCGACCGAAACCCCUCCUCCCCCAGCGGACUCCCCCAGCGGACGACCUAAUCUUCGACUCAAUCUUCAUGGACGUGCCUAUGUCUCGGGUUAAGUUCAAUGUCAACACCGAAUACGCCUAUCUCCAAAACUUCAAGGUUCUGCAGAAUGUCUUCACUCGCCACGCGGUCGAAAAGCCCAUCCCCGUCCAAUCCCUCACCAAGUGCCGCAUGCAGGACAACCUUGAAUUCCUCCAAUGGACCAAGCGCUACUGGGACCAGCACUAUCCGGGCGGAGAUUACGAUGCCGUGAGUCGUCGCAAGGCCUCUGGUGCCCCCAGCGCUGCCGCCGCCGGUGGUGCGCGUGCCCCCUCGGCUGGCUCCCGACGUGGAGUUACUCCGACCACCACCGCGCGGGGUCCUCGCGUUGCUGGUGCUGGUCCCGGUGCUGGCGCUGCCACCGCGGCUCUGCAGCAGGAGAUUUCGACACAGAAGGAGGCCAUUGCCGGACUUGAGAAGGAGCGGGACUUUUACUUUGCCAAGCUGCGUGAUAUUGAGCUGCUGCUGCAGACCGCUAUCGAGGCCGACCCGGACCUGGAGAAGGAGGAGGACACGCUGGUGAAGCACAUUCAGGGCAUUCUGUACUCGACCGAAGAUGGAUUCGAGAUUCCCGAGGCGGAGGAGGCCGUGGCCGACGAGCUGGAGACUUUCUAA